AUCGGAGGUCUCAAGGUUGGCAAGACCCAGUGUACCUGCCGGUCCCCCAGGACGUGUGACGUCAGCGGCUUCAGUCCUGGCGCUCCCGGGUGCUCUGCUUCAGUCGUGCCCACCAGGCGCAUUUCCCGUCAGGCGCGCUUUAACACGGCGGAGGACACACCCACGACAAAGACCCCGACUUUUCUCUGCGUCCUCGCCCCCGCAGCGCCGACAUGUCCUCCGCCGUCACCGAGACUGAGGAGUCGGUGCGAAGCUCCGCGCUGACGCCGCUCAAGCUGGUCGGGCUGAUGUGCGUCUUCCUGGCGCUGUGCCUGGACGUCGGUGCCCUGAUGAGUCCUGCGUGGGUGACGGCGGACGACCAGUACUACCUGUCUCUGUGGGAGUCCUGCUGGAAGGCGGCCAGUACCGACAGGUGGCAGUGCAGCAGCACGCUCAGCUCAGACUGGCAGAUUGUCACGCUGGCACUGUUGUUAGGGGGCGGGGCCCUGGUGCUGAUGUCCUUCCUGGUGGCUCUGGUGGCCGUGUGCAUCGGCACCAGGUGGCGAUUCUACGGCCCUGUUGCCUUCAUGCUGUUCACCACAGUGGUUCUGCAGACCUGCAGCUUGGUGCUGUACCCCAUCAAGUUCAUUGAGAGUAUCAACCUGAAGAUUUACCACGAGUUCAACUGGGGCUAUGGCCUCGCCUGGGGCGGGACCAUCUUCUCUUUCGGCGGUGGCGUUCUCUACUGCCUCAACCUCAAGAGCUAUGAGGUGUAUUACUAGCUCCCAUCACACCUACGGUACAUGUUUGGAAAGGUUAUCAGGAGGAUCCUCAGGGCUGGGGGGGGUCAGGAUACGGUUCGGGUUAUUAGUUGUGUUAGAGCCUAGAACUCAAGGAUUGUUGCACACAAGUUUACACUGCCGCCUCUAUGACGUCGUGUGGCUGAAAGAACUUCUGUAAUAUUGUCAGUGAAGAGCUAACAAAUAGCUAUGGAAGAGGUUGGACUUGGAUGUGCAGGCCUGCAGUGUUUCUGCAAGGUUUACGUUUGUGUCGAGGUCCUUCACAGUUACAUUUCUAAAAAGUUCAUAACAGAAAGCAAAAGAAACUUUUCAAAGUAAUUCACACGGUCAAAAUCAGUCACUUACUGUAAUAUAAUAGAAAGAAAACACACACGGUCUGGAUACAACCCAUCUCUUCUUUCCCACAUACAUGACCAUACUAUCAUUGUCAUCCUUGCUUUGUCCCAAGGCUAUGGAAAUGGAUCAAACAAUUCAGGCAGUCUAUUAUAUCUGUUAUAGGUUAAACCAUCUGUCAGUAUUGGCAGGGUCUGCUCAUUCGGAUCGGUCAGACAGUUGCACAAAUUAGCUAAAAGCUUCAAUGCUAAAAAAAUGAGAAGAUUAUAGCACAUGUUGAUGAUGGCAUAUUGUCAUGACUGACUGAUAGCAAUCUGCCAUUGAUCUUUUAGGCCAGACUUUGCAAACUUAUCAUCUUCCGUAAAACAAUGCCUAAAAUGUGAAGAUAAUGGGUUGAAAAGCUUAUACACUUAGGGCCUGAUCUACUACAGGUUUGCGUGUAUUAAAACACGUGCAAACUUGGUAGCACACACGCAAAGCUGAUCGACUAGCAAAACAGCUGACCAUCAGAACAUCCACACUACUGGAAGGCGAAAAUGCAAAUUUCCUGCAGGAGCUUUUUUGUGUAUUUAUUUAGUUCGCCUGAAAUGUGUGUGCAAAAUGGCAGUUGUACAAAAAUAGCUGUGAAAAAGAAGGUGAUUGUUCUGCUGCCUAGUCGCACGUAUGCUUGUCUACAUAUGUACUGUCAAAAAUAAAAGUAUAAUACAUAUCGUCUAUUCGGCAAUACUAUUUUCUAAUUUUGUAGCUACUAGAUGACAUAAGGCCUGAACAAAUGCAUUUUGGUGUCUGUGUUUUUUUUUAAAUUAUGACAGGUUGUUUUAUAUAUAUGAAAAAAUAGUCUUGCAAUAUGCAUUUUCUUGCAUCUGAAACAUUUCAGGUCACACUCGCAUUGCCAGCAUCUUCACAGGAGCGCGCCAAAAAAGUGGGUUGUGUCGUAGAUGCACUGCUUCUAAAAUGCCCAUAACAAGUGGUACAUAUGUCUGCUGCACGUUUCAAAACAUAGCAAAUGGCACAUUUAGGAUCAUGAUAACAUGAAUGUGCAGUAAAUGAGUGCCUCCAAUGUAAAAGCCGCAUAGCACACGCAAAAACCUCAUUUGAAUAAGGCGGUCUGUGCCAGUUAUCAACUGUAGACGUAGUCUUACAGUAGUAGAUCACACGCAAUGUUAUAGUUUGCAUACUUAGUAGAUCAGGCCCUUAGACUUUCAAUAGGGAUGGGCGAUUGCAAAUUUUGGUAUCAAUUCGAUACCAAGUAAGUACAGGGUCAGUAUUGUCAAUAAUAAUACGGAUACAAUUACUAAAGUUCAAUUAGCUAAAUUAAAAUCCUUUGACUUUAUCAAUCAAUCAAUGUUUAUUUAUAUAGCCCUAAAUCACAAGUGUCUCAAAGGGCUGCACAAGCCACAACGACAUCCUCGGUACAGAGCCCACAUACAUACAUAUAAAUACAGUGGUACCUUAGUUUUCACACACCCACAUUUUGGAGAAUGCGGUUUCCAACAAAAGUUUUUGCCAACAUUUUGCACCCGUUUUUAUGUUUUAUGUUAUUUUAUGUCUGUUGUCAUGGAGCCAAACUGUACUUAACAAACAAAAAUCACACUUGGUGAUUCAGUCUCUGUUAUUUUAGUAUUAGAAAAGAACCCAUUAUAGGGUUAAAUAUGUCAUGAUGUGUGAGCGCUGCACCCCCAGGUAAUAGUGUAUUUAAGCAUGCUCACAAAUUGAAUCCACACACAAAGUACAACAAUAACGACCAGGGAAUGUCGAAAAGUCAACAGGAGACACAACAUAAUGCAUUUAACAUAGAGGUUACACUUGGAAAGGAAAAAGUAAUGAAUCGGCAUCGCCCCAUUGACUCUUUACACUAAAGUAAAACAAAAUAUUCAACACAAUACCGGAAAUAAUAGAGAACAACACAAAAGCAAAUCCUGUCAUGCAAAGAAUGAUGAAAGAAUGUUGUAAGGUGCAAAAGACUAUUCAUGAAAUAACUCAUAGCAAAGCAAAGUCCUCAUUCUCGCAAAGUCUUCACUAAAGGUAAAAUUUAUUCGGUAGUCCUCACCGGUAUUUCACUUUGUUUUCCCCAUGUAAAACUUUAACUAUUAUCUGAACAAUUUGUGUUAAUACUGUAUUCGGAUUCAGUUUUUUUUACGUUUUGGUCUUCACUGACAUACAACAAAGGUACUGUACCAGUGCAUAACAACAUUAACAAUGUAAGCAGCCGCAACAUAAUGUGAAAAUAAACAUAAAC